AUGGUUCUCCGCAAAGCUGCCUACAAGUUGAUCAAUGCUGAGGUUUCUGCGCCAAUUGUCAUCGACGAGACCAACCUCCGUGAUUAUGUAGGACAGCCCAUGUGGACCUCUGACCGUCUCUAUUCAACAACCACUCCACCGGGCAUCGCUAUGGGCCUUGCAUGGACAGCUAUGGGUGGCUCUAUCCUUUACAUUGAAUGCACCAACCGGUCACCACGUUUCUCUUCAACUAACUCAAAGACUUCCGAUUCUGACAAAAAGCCAGAAGACUCCCACAAGAUAACAGGUUAG